UUUAUUGAACAAAUUCCUGAUUAUCACCAGGAUCUCUAUACCAAUCCUGUUGUUUUACCGGUGUGUUGUCUUUGGAAAAUGUAAGGCCAUCAAGGGCAUGCGUAAUUUGGUGCUCCGAUUGUGACGGUGAGCAUGUGGCAAUGCAAGAGCCACGCUUCAACUCUACCAAAAAGGGUCGCUCAUUUUAUUCUAUUUUUUGUUACCGUUAGACGCGCAUCAUGGGUACAGGUGCAGAUAAAACUGUAGGAGCGGUGGCCUUUUUUUCCGCGGUCACCAUCUUUACCUAUUACACCAUCUGGGCAUUGCUCAUGCCUUUUGUAGAUGAGGGCCAUCCUUUGCAUAAUUAUUUCCCUCCUUGGGAAUACGCUAUCCGCGUACCACUGAUUAUCCUUAUUGUGGGUCUGACCGUCAUAUUCACGUUUCUCGGUCUGGUCAUGAUCAAGAGUAAGAAUAACCAGACCAAAAAGGCAAAAUAACCAUGGAUACGGUUCUCCAGCCAGCAACAAUCUUCCUUUUAAUGUAACUGAUACGAUAUCCUACUAUUAUUGUCCCUGUUUUUUUUUGGCACCAAAUCAAUAACACACUCUGUCGCAACCAAUCGCAUCAUUGUUUAUUGAACUGCACAUCCGGCUUAUUCGGCUUUCAAUGUUCGUUUCCGCAUGGUUUGAGAGGUCUUGACUUCCAGGUCACUGAGCUUUUUGUCUUCCGCCUUUUCUGAUGCCUGCAGCCGUUGUUUCUGUAGCUUCAUGAAAAACGGAUAGCUAAGCUUGUAGAAUCCCCACAG